AUGGCUGAAGAAUUACAACUGAAUAUGGAAGCAACGCUCUGCCAAGCGCCGUACCUGAGCCGUACCAAAGUCUUGCAUCGAUUUGUCAAGGACCCACCGAAACACCACAAGAAUUCCUUAUGGAGUUAUGCGUGCUCUGGAUUUGCGGGAGAAAAUCAUGUUCUCAAGUACCCAAGAUCAAAGUGAGGACACUUUGGUUUAUGAAACCGACCAUAUUCAACAGCUUUUUCUACGUAAUAUUGAGACUGACCUACAAGAGCAAGAGUUAGAGAUUUAUUUACCUUGAAUAUCCAAACAUAUCUGAUCUUGCAACUGAAUAGUGCUGUAUCGACCGAGAAUGAGCGAGUGAUCUGCCCAGACUGGGGUAGCAUAGAAAGUAGUAGCAUAGAAAGUGGAUGACAAGUCUCAAGACAGAAUUCUUAAGACUCUUGUAGCUGUGAAGGUAGAGGUUGUACAAGUUUAAUAAGAGCCAGUUGGAGGAUAUUAACCACGAACGGAACAAGCUCGAUUACCAAACCCGCAAACCUCGAUAGACACUAGAAAGCAGAGAAGGAAUACUCCUCCAAAAUGUUCGGCAGUACCAGGUAAGCGGAAAUGAUAGAUGUUCUCAUUUGUGGAAGUGACAAUCACUAAACAGUUGGAUGUCGACAGAACCGUGGCAAAAAUGCUUUAAUCUCCCAAAGAUGUUGUUAUGACAAGGACGAUGAUCAAAUGAGAUUGUACUGUGUGCACAACGCAAAUGUGUACUUUAUUGUUCAAAACAUUGCCAGAAAAGGCACUGGGGUAAGCACAAGGACAGUUGUAAAACUCCGGGGGACCUGAGAUGGACAAGCCACAACAGACCACACUGCAACAAUAACAAGUCAUUUUCAAGUAAUUUAUCCCAAGUGAACACGCGAAGAUUGCUAAGCUUGUUGGAAGACGCUGUACUGUGUCUGUGAGAUGUUCUCUAAAUGCCAUUGAGUCAACAUUCUAUUGUGGGAUGCAGGCGCGUCUAGUCUAUUGUGGGAUGCAGGCGCGCACGUAUCUAGUUUGUCUUUAGGAAUAUUUCAGCUAAUUGACGGUGACAAAACUAUUUGACAGCAGGUAAUGGGACAAAAACUGCAUAGAGUGGUUGGACUGAGAUAGAAGAGCGAUUGAUCUCAUGAAUUAAACAAGGAAGGGCCAUCUAUUCUGGCGCCCUUCUCAGUUACGGAUGACAGUUUUGACUACCCUAUCCUUGAAAAUAAUGUUAUAGAAGAACUAAUUAAGCCAAUCAAUACGUCAGAUAAUCAAUCAACACAUAUUUUUACAGUACAAGCCAGUUUUCAUGAUUUGGAUGAGGAAGUAUUACUCGAGUUGAUAAAACUGAUACCAGCAGCGAAGGCAGAUACAUUAUACACUGUUAAAAGCUCAAAGACGGACAUUACUAUUUCAGCAAAUAGAACAAUCCAUGUUAACUGUCGAAGGAAAACUGGACCAGUAGGAGAAACCACGCCAGUAUUGUUCGAAUCGGACGAAUUAGCCCCUUGGCCAGAUGAUUUAACCGUGCAUGAAACUGUCACCACAGUGACACAAGUUUUAAUGUCCUAUGCAAAGAUGGAUGUGACUAAUACAACCAAUCAUGACAUUGUCCUGCGAAAACACACAAUACUGGGAAGACUUCAGUUGGUCACAUCGAUCACACCGGUAGAAGUGAAGUUGGCAGAAACUUGA